AAUUACAUGUAUAUAUUAUUAAGAUAAUAUAUACAUCUGAUCUUAUUUUUUAAAAAAAGUUUAUUUUGCUCCAUUUUUGAAAAAGAGAGAGCGUGGGUGGUGAGCGGUUUUUAUAAAUUAUUCUUAAUUUCUGUUAUCUGCCCUCGUCCCUCCCCACCCCCUGCUGAAGCGAGAAUAAGGGCAGGGACCGCGGCUCCUACCUAUCGGUAACCCCCUUACCCGUUCCUCCCCCGCCCCAACGCCCAGCACAGUGCCCUGCACACAGUAGGCGCUCAAUAAAUGUUCGUGGAUGAUGAUGAUGAUGAUGAUGAAAAAAAUGCAGCAUCAACGGCGGCAGCAAUCGGACCACGCGAACGAGGCAAACUAUGCAAGAAGCACCAGACUCCCUCUUUCUGGUGAAGGACCAACUUCUCAACCGAAUAGCUCCAAGCAGACCGUCCUGUCUUGGCAAGCUGCAAUCGAUGCUGCUCGACAGGCCAAGGCUGCCCAAACUAUGAGCACCUCCGCACCCCCACCUGUAGGAUCUCUCUCCCAAAGAAAACGUCAGCAAUACGCCAAGAGCAAAAAACAGGGUAACUCGUCCAACAGCAGACCUGCCCGAGCCCUCUUCUGUUUAUCACUCAAUAACCCCAUCCGAAGAGCCUGCAUUAGCAUAGUGGAAUGGAAACCAUUUGACAUAUUUAUAUUAUUGGCUAUUUUUGCCAAUUGUGUGGCCUUAGCUAUUUACAUCCCAUUCCCUGAAGAUGAUUCUAAUUCAACAAAUCAUAACUUGGAAAAAGUAGAAUAUGCCUUCCUGAUUAUUUUUACAGUCGAGACCUUUUUGAAGAUUAUAGCAUAUGGAUUAUUGCUACAUCCUAAUGCUUAUGUUAGGAAUGGAUGGAAUUUACUGGAUUUUGUUAUAGUAAUAGUAGGAUUGUUUAGCGUAAUUUUGGAACAAUUAACCAAAGAAACAGAAGGCGGUAACCACUCUAGUGGCAAAUCAGGAGGCUUUGAUGUCAAAGCCCUCCGCGCCUUUCGAGUGUUACGACCACUUCGACUAGUAUCAGGAGUGCCCAGUUUACAAGUUGUCCUGAACUCCAUUAUAAAAGCCAUGGUCCCCCUCCUUCACAUCGCCCUUUUGGUAUUAUUUGUAAUCAUAAUCUAUGCUAUUAUAGGAUUGGAACUUUUUAUUGGAAAAAUGCACAAAACAUGUUUUUUUGCUGACUCAGAUAUCGUAGCUGAAGAGGACCCAGCACCGUGUGCGUUCUCAGGGAAUGGACGCCAGUGUACCGCCAAUGGCACAGAGUGUAGGAGUGGCUGGGUUGGCCCAAACGGAGGCAUCACCAACUUUGAUAACUUUGCCUUUGCCAUGCUCACUGUGUUUCAGUGCAUCACUAUGGAAGGCUGGACAGACGUGCUCUACUGGAUGAAUGAUGCUAUGGGAUUUGAAUUGCCCUGGGUGUAUUUUGUCAGUCUCGUCAUCUUUGGGUCAUUUUUCGUACUAAAUCUUGUACUUGGUGUAUUGAGCGGAGAGUUCUCAAAGGAAAGAGAGAAGGCUAAAGCGCGGGGAGAUUUCCAGAAGCUCCGGGAGAAGCAGCAGCUAGAAGAGGAUCUGAAGGGCUACUUGGAUUGGAUCACUCAAGCAGAAGAUAUUGAUCCUGAGAACGAGGAUGAAGGCGGAGAGGAGAGCAAACGCAAUACCAGCAUGCCCACCAGCGAAACCGAGUCUGUGAACACAGAGAACGUGAGUGGAGAAGGCGAGAGCCAAGGCUGCUGUGGAAGUCUCUGUCAAGCCAUCUCAAAAUCCAAGCUCAGCCGCCGCUGGCGUCGCUGGAACCGAUUUAACCGCAGAAGGUGCAGAGCUGCUGUGAAGUCUGUCUCGUUUUACUGGCUGGUCAUCGUCCUGGUGUUUCUCAACACCUUAACCAUUUCCUCGGAGCACUACAACCAGCCUGACUGGUUGACGCAGAUUCAAGAUAUCGCUAACAAAGUCCUCUUGGCUCUGUUCACCUGUGAGAUGCUGGUAAAAAUGUACAGCUUGGGUCUCCAGGCGUAUUUCGUCUCUCUUUUUAAUCGGUUUGAUUGCUUCGUGGUGUGUGGCGGAAUUACUGAAACGAUCUUGGUGGAACUGGAAAUCAUGUCUCCCCUGGGGAUUUCUGUGUUUCGGUGUGUGCGCCUCUUGAGAAUUUUCAAAGUAACCAGGCACUGGACUUCCCUGAGCAACUUAGUGGCAUCUUUGUUAAACUCCAUGAAGUCCAUCGCUUCGCUGUUGCUUCUGCUUUUUCUCUUCAUCAUCAUCUUUUCCUUGCUUGGGAUGCAGCUGUUUGGCGGCAAGUUUAAUUUUGACGAAACGCAAACCAAGCGAAGCACCUUUGACAAUUUCCCUCAAGCACUUCUCACAGUGUUCCAGAUUCUGACAGGUGAAGACUGGAAUGCUGUGAUGUAUGAUGGCAUUAUGGCGUAUGGGGGCCCGUCAUCUUCGGGAAUGAUCGUCUGCAUCUACUUCAUCAUCCUCUUCAUUUGCGGUAACUAUAUUCUACUGAAUGUCUUCUUGGCCAUCGCUGUAGACAAUUUGGCUGAUGCUGAAAGUUUGAAUACUGCUCAGAAAGAGGAAGCUGAAGAAAAGGAGAGGAAAAAGAUUGCCAGAAAAGAGAGCCUGGAAAAUAAAAAGACCAACAAACCAGAAGUCAACCAGAUAGCCAACAGUGACAACAAGGUUACAAUUGAUGACUACCGAGAAGAGGAUGAGGACAAGGACCCAUACCCGCCUUGUGAUGUGCCAGGUGAAGAGGAAGAGGAGGAGGAGGAGGAUGAACCUGAGGUUCCAGCUGGCCCCCGUCCUCGCAGAAUCUCGGAGUUGAACAUGAAGGAGAAAAUCGCUCCCAUUCCUGAAGGGAGCGCUUUCUUCAUUCUUAGCAAGACCAACCCGAUCCGCGUGGGCUGCCACAAGCUCAUCAACCACCACAUCUUCACCAACCUCAUCCUCGUCUUCAUCAUGCUGAGCAGUGCCGCCCUCGCCGCCGAGGACCCCAUCCGCAGCCACUCCUUCCGCAACACUAUACUGGGUUACUUUGACUAUGCUUUCACAGCCAUCUUUACUGUUGAAAUCCUGUUAAAGAUGACAACCUUUGGAGCUUUCCUCCACAAAGGGGCUUUCUGCAGGAACUACUUCAAUUUGCUGGAUAUGCUGGUUGUUGGAGUGUCUCUGGUGUCAUUUGGGAUCCAAUCCAGUGCCAUCUCUGUUGUGAAGAUUCUGAGGGUCUUAAGGGUCCUGAGACCGCUCAGGGCAAUCAACAGAGCAAAAGGACUUAAGCACGUCGUCCAGUGCGUCUUUGUGGCCAUCCGGACAAUUGGCAACAUCAUGAUCGUCACCACCCUCCUCCAGUUCAUGUUUGCCUGCAUUGGGGUCCAGUUGUUCAAGGGAAAGUUCUAUCGCUGCACAGAUGAAGCCAAAAGUAACCCGGAAGAAUGCAGGGGGCUCUUCAUCCUCUACAAGGAUGGGGAUGUUGAUAACCCUGUGGUCCGUGAGAGGAUCUGGCAAAAUAGUGAUUUCAACUUUGACAACGUCCUGUCUGCUAUGAUGGCGCUUUUCACGGUCUCCACAUUUGAGGGCUGGCCUGCGUUGCUGUAUAAAGCCAUCGACUCGAAUGGAGAGAAUGUCGGCCCAGUCUACAACUACCGUGUGGAGAUCUCCAUCUUCUUCAUCAUCUACAUCAUCAUCGUAGCCUUCUUCAUGAUGAACAUCUUUGUGGGCUUCGUCAUCGUCACAUUUCAGGAGCAGGGAGAGAAAGAGUAUAAGAACUGUGAGCUGGACAAAAAUCAGCGUCAAUGUGUCGAAUACGCCUUGAAAGCACGUCCCCUGCGGAGAUACAUCCCCAAAAACCCCUACCAGUACAAGUUCUGGUACGUGGUGAACUCCUCGCCUUUCGAAUACAUGAUGUUUGUCCUCAUCAUGCUCAACACACUCUGCUUGGCCAUGCAGCACUAUGAGCAGUCCAAGAUGUUCAAUGACGCCAUGGACAUUCUGAACAUGGUCUUCACUGGGGUGUUCACUGUCGAGAUGGUUUUGAAAGUCAUUGCAUUUAAACCUAAGGGGUAUUUUAGUGACGCCUGGAACACGUUUGACUCCCUCAUCGUAAUCGGCAGCAUUAUAGAUGUGGCUCUCAGCGAAGCUGACCACUAUUUCACUGAUGCAUGGAACACUUUUGAUGCCUUGAUUGUUGUUGGUAGCGUCGUUGAUAUUGCUAUAACUGAAGUGAAUCCAACUGAAAGUGAAAAUGUCCCUGUCCCAACUGCUACUCCAGGGAACUCUGAAGAGAGCAAUAGAAUCUCCAUCACCUUUUUCCGUCUUUUCCGAGUGAUGCGAUUGGUGAAGCUUCUCAGCAGGGGGGAAGGCAUCCGGACAUUGCUGUGGACUUUUAUUAAGUCCUUUCAGGCGCUCCCAUAUGUCGCCCUUCUCAUAGCCAUGUUGUUCUUCAUCUAUGCAGUUAUCGGCAUGCAGAUGUUUGGGAAAGUUGCCAUGAGAGAUAACAACCAGAUCAACAGGAACAACAAUUUCCAGACCUUUCCCCAGGCGGUGCUGCUGCUCUUCAGGUGUGCGACAGGUGAGGCCUGGCAGGAAAUUAUGCUGGCCUGCCUCCCGGGAAAGCUCUGCGACCCAGAGUCGGAUUACAACCCCGGGGAGGAAUAUACGUGUGGGAGCAACUUUGCCAUUGUUUAUUUCAUCAGUUUUUACAUGCUCUGCGCAUUUCUGAUCAUCAAUCUGUUUGUGGCUGUCAUCAUGGAUAAUUUUGAUUAUCUGACCCGGGACUGGUCUAUUCUGGGGCCUCACCAUUUAGACGAAUUCAAAAGAAUAUGGUCAGAAUAUGACCCUGAGGCAAAGGGGAGGAUCAAGCACCUUGAUGUGGUCACUCUGCUCCGACGCAUCCAGCCUCCCCUGGGGUUUGGGAAAUUGUGCCCACACAGAGUAGCUUGUAAGAGACUCGUUGCCAUGAACAUGCCUCUCAACAGUGAUGGGACAGUCAUGUUUAAUGCAACCCUCUUUGCUUUGGUUCGAACGGCUCUUAAAAUCAAGACUGAAGGGAACCUGGAGCAAGCUAAUGAAGAACUCCGAGCUGUGAUAAAGAAAAUCUGGAAGAAAACCAGCAUGAAACUACUUGACCAAGUCGUCCCUCCAGCUGGUGAUGAUGAGGUAACCGUGGGGAAGUUCUAUGCCACUUUCCUGAUACAGGACUACUUUAGGAAAUUCAAGAAACGGAAAGAACAAGGACUGGUGGGAAAGUACCCUGCGAAGAACACCACCAUUGCCCUACAGGCGGGAUUAAGGACACUGCAUGACAUUGGGCCCGAAAUCCGGCGUGCUAUAUCAUGUGAUUUGCAAGAUGAUGAGCCCGAGGAAACAAAACGAGAAGAAGAAGAAGAUGUAUUCAAAAGAAAUGGUGCCCUGCUUGGAAACCAUGUCAAUCAUGUUAAUAGUGAUAGGAGAGAUUCCCUUCAGCAGACCAAUACCACCCACCGUCCCCUGCAUGUCCAAAGGCCUUCAAUUCCACCUGCAAGUGAUACUGAGAAACCGCUGUUUCCUCCAGCAGGAAAUUCGGUGUGUCAUAACCAUCAUAACCAUAAUUCCAUAGGAAAGCAAGUUCCCAGCUCAACAAAUGCCAAUCUCAAUAAUGCCAAUAUGUCCAAAGCUGCCCCUGGAAAGCGGCCCAGCAUUGGGAACCUUGAGCAUGUGUCUGAAAAUGGGCAUCAUUCCUCCCACAAGCAUGACCGUGAGCCUCAAAGAAGGUCCAGUAUUAAAAGAACCCGCUAUUAUGAAACUUACAUUAGGUCUGACUCAGGAGAUGAGCAGUUCCCAACUAUCUGCCAGGAAGACCCAGAGAUUCACGGCUACUUCCGGGACCCCCGCUGCUGGGGGGAGCAGGAGUAUUUCAGUGGUGAGGAGUACUACGAGGAUGACAGCUCGCCAACCUGGAGCAGGCAAAACUAUGGCUACUACAACCGAUAUCCAGGCAGCAACUUGGACUUCGAGCGGCCUCGAGGCUACCAUCACCCCCAAGGCUUCUUAGAGGACGAUGACUCACCCGUUUGCUACGAUUCCCGGAGAUCUCCAAGGAGACGCCUACUACCUCCCACCCCAACAUCCCACCGGAGGUCCUCCUUCAACUUCGAGUGCCUGCGCAGGCAGAGCAGCCAGGAGGAGGUCCCGCCAUCCCCCGCCUUCCCCCACCGCACGGCCCUGCCUCUGCACCUGAUGCAGCAACAGAUCAUGGCAGUUGCAGGCCUAGAUUCAACUAAAGCCCAGAAGUACUCGCCGAGCCACUCAACCAGGUCAUGGGCCACCCCUCCAGCGACCCCCCCGUACCGGGACUGGACGCUGUGCUACACCCCCCUGAUCCAGGUCGAGCGGUCGGAGGCCCUGGACCAGGUCAACGGCAGCCUGCCGUCCCUGCAUCGCAGCUCGUGGUACACGGAUGAGCCUGGCAUCUCCUAUCGGACUUUCACACCAGCCAGCCUGACUGUCCCCAGCAGCUUCCGCAACAAAAACAGUGACAAGCAGAGGAGCGCAGACAGCUUGGUGGAGGCUGUCCUGAUAUCCGAAGGCUUAGGACGGUAUGCAAGGGACCCAAAGUUCGUGUCGGCGACAAAACACGAAAUCGCCGAUGCCUGUGACCUAACCAUCGACGAGAUGGAGAGUGCAGCCAGCAACCUGCUUAACGGGAACGUGCAUCCCCGGGCCAAUGGGGACGUGGGCUCUGGCGCACACCGGCAGGACUAUGAGCUCCAGGACUUCGGGCCGGGCUACAGUGACGAAGAGCCGGACCCCGGGAGAGAUGAGGAGGACCUGGCAGAUGAAAUGAUAUGCAUCACUACCCUGUAGCCCCCAGGAGGGGCGGACUGACUCUGGCCUCAGGUGGGGCGCCGGAGGGCCAGGGAAAAAGUGCCUCGUAGUUAGGAAAGUUUAGGCACUAGUGUGGAGUCCAUGUUCAAUUAGACUUUUGUACAAGUGAUGUCAUGCCUCAAGGAAGCCAUAAACCUGGUAGGGAACAGCCGUGCACACGUGUCCAGCCCCAGCUGCGGGAAAGGGCAGGUCCAGCCCUCUCAGAGGACCGGCGAGGAGGUCGGACGAGCCCCGCCCGCUCGUCCAGAGCGCGCCUGGGGCACUCACCCACGCCCACCCGCCUGCAAGCACGGUGGGGAAGGUUACAGGUGAUGACGAUCACCAUACCUGUGUCAUUACCUCAGCCAUCGGUCUAGCAUAUCAGACAUUCACUGGGCCCAGCAUAUCCAUUUUUACACCCUUUCCCCCAAAAUACACUGCUUCCUGGUUCCUGUUUAGCUGUUUUGAAAUACAGUGUGUAAGUCAGGAGCUACCUACCAGCCGUCAUCCUGAAAGGGAGCAGAACCCUUCUGUUACGUGACGCCAGUUUACAUGAGAGAGCAUCGCUCCGACGGUCAGUGUCUGACCGUCAGGCUAAGGGCAAUCGUAAACUGGAAUAAUAAUGCACUCGCACCCAGGUAAACUUAGAUACGCUAGUUUGUUUAAAAAUUAUAGAUUUACUGUACAUGACUUGUAAUAUACUAUAAUUUGUAUUUGUAAAGAGAUGGUCUAUAUUUUGUAAUUAUUGUACCGUAUUUGAACUGCAGCAAUAUCCAUGGGUCCUAAUAAUUGUAGUUCCCCACUGAAAUCUAGAAAUUAUUAGUAUUUUUACUUGGGCUAUCCAGAAGUAGAAGAAAUAGAGCCAAUUCUCAUUUAGUCAGUGAAAAUCUUUUGGGGGUACAAUUUUAAGUUCAAAAGAACUUGACACUACAGAGAUUUUUCUAAAAUAUUUUGAGUCACUAUAAGCCUAUCGUUACACAAGGUAUACCAGAUGACUCUUCGCGGUCUUGUCUUUGGGUGCAAGUUCUAUGAUUUGAUAUUGUACCUUUUGAUCCACCAUGGGUUGCAACUGUCUUUUUUCCUCUGCUAACCCUCUGAAAAGUUCAUGACAAAGGAGGUCAAGCUGGUUGCUCUGACCCUAUGGCAUUCACAGUCCUGGUUUUCUCAGCUGCCCCCACAGGACAUGUUUGCAUUUCUGGUGCAGAAACCAUCGCAAAGAUGAAUGAAGUCCCUUUGCUCUUAUCCCCUGGGGACUAGGAGUGCUGGAGAAGGGGCGGGGGGACGGAGGGAGCAAAGUGAAGAUCUGCAGGAUUAGAAUGUCGGGGUCUGUACAAAUCGUAUUGCUGCCUUUUUAUAAAACAUUUGCUGUACUCUGUGUUCUCUCUGAGGGCUUUUAUAUGCAAUUGAAUGAGGGCUGAAGUUUUCACUAGAAUGCACUCACAUGCUGAUUGUACUUCCCGAUGGAAACCCACUUUUGGAUCAUUAGACUUGUCAAGGCUUCCUUUUCUGUCCACAGAAUUAUGCCGACUUUAUCAAGGUACCUUGGCAGGGAUUCCCUGCAGUCAAAAAGACAGGUAGCAAUUUUGGGUUCAAAAUUUUUAAAUGUUACAUAGACAACGUGUUAAUUUUUUUUUUUUUUGUAAAUAACAACACUUUGUUAUCAAGACCUUACAGACCUCUUCUUAAGACAUUCUUACUCCAGAUCCAAGCAAAAACACUUCAAGGUUUGUAAAUGACUCUUUCCUGACGUAAAUUCUUUUUUAUUAAAAUGCAAAAUGUUCUUCAGAAUAAAACUGUGUAAUAAUU